AUGACUCUGGUCCUGCCUAGCGCCCUGUCAGCACCGCCUGUGAAGGGGCCAUGCAUUGGCAGGUAUAUUAUCCGGAACAGUUUGAUACCUGAUUCGAUGUUAUGUUGAUACCUUUGAGUGUGACUUACCACUGAAUAUUGGGUGCUCCUUAUCUAUGUUCAACUUUUUAAACCAAUUCUGUCUGAUAGGUAGGAGAUAAGCUUUUUGAAAUGGACUAUUCUCUCAUGAGGAAAGAAUUGUCGACGGUUUCAUAGGAAACAGAACUGCAUGAUGGAGCAAACGACAAUUGAAAAACCUUUGGUUCUUUACUGAAAGAAAUUGUUUAUUCCAACUGUCCUCUCAGAAGAAAGACAAUCACAAACGGCCCGGAGUGGAUGAAUUUGAAUUUACAGGCGUCUUUCAAAAAAGCAGCCUCCUUUUGAGGCGUUAUAGGCUAACCGGCUCCCAAUAGUACUUAUGGAAAUUGUUGGGAAUGCCUACACUCCCAAAAACAAGAGCCAGCCAAUUACGGGAGGCCACGUGCGUUUUCUCUACUGUGCUGUCAUCUUAAUCGUGGCGCCUCUCCAUUGGCUUUUCCUCACGGGCGUGAUCGAUCUGCAUAUUCAAAUUAUCGACCGGUUUGUCUGGAAUGUUCUUCCUGAAGGGCACUGGGCCGAAUGCCGGCGAAGCACAGCAGGGCGAUAUAAAUAUGCGUUACUUCCAGUUAUUUUUGACUUGAUAUUUCCUAAUAAACGAGGCGGAGUUUGUCUUAUCUACAUCAAAACUACCAUUGAGCAAAGUGGUAUUGAUGUCCCAACCGAAACCUUUUCUGGAGAAGCGUGUUUUGCCACAAUAAAAUCUCAUGCCCAGGAAAACAUACUAGUCGGAUGCCUCUACUCCCCUCCAGAAUGUAGUAGUGAUGACACAAGCCCCAACCUCUUAAUAAGCAAUAUAUCUAACAUAAAAACUGAAUAUAAGAUAAUUACAGGCGACCUAAACCGCCCAGAAAUAGACUGGGUCGACUUAUCAGCACCUACCAGGCACGAAGAAUUCUUGUCUUCAAUUAUCUUUAAUAACUGGACACAGAUAGUUGACAAACCCACCCGAGGAAACAAUAUACUAGACGUUAUUUUCACCAACGAGAUCUGGCCCCUCUAUAUGCACUACGACUGCGCAACCUUUGAAAGUGACCACAAAGCUAUAAUAUCAACACUCCCCUUAAACGCAAAACUAGCACCCCAUUUUGGUAACACCCGCCUAAACCCAAAAAAACUUGACGAGGACUCCAUGAACAACUAUAUUAGAUCAUUGGACUGGAGUCCNAAAGAUAAAGAAGAGCAAUGCACAAAAUCUAGAAUUUCUGGCGAUUUACAGACCACCAAAUCUUCUGAGUGCAGCUGAUGAGUCGCUCCUUGGUUUAGUCAAAGACGUAGCUAGCCACCAAGAGGUACUUAUUGCUGGGGAUUUCAACGCACCUGCAAUAGAGUGGGAAACUAUGGCAGUUAAUGGUGGACCAGCCUCUUUCAGCAAUAAGCUACUGGACCUCACACUCGAUCUCCCUCUGGCGCAACAUGUGAAGGUACCAACAAGAUUUCGAGAGAACCAGAGAGCAAAUUGUCUAGACCUAGUUUUCACUAAGGACUUCUCUAAUAUCGACGAAGUGUAUUCCAAUGCACCUCUCGGGAAAAGUGACCAUACCACGCUAUUAUGGGAUUACUCGCUCUUCUCUAAACGCCAGAAGAGAACAGAGGGCCAACCUAAUAUAUGGAAGGCAGAUUUUAAUAUGAUGAAGAACGAAUUGCUGUCCGUGAAUUGGGACCAAAUAUUCAGGGGAGAUCCGGAGGACGACUGGAGAUCUUUUAAAACGAUUUCACUCGAUCUGAUUAGGCGCUGUUGUCCACCUAAAGUACAAAAAACAACUAGUCGACCUGCUUGGUUAACUAGGGACCUAAAUAAGCAGCUACGGAAGAAAAGCAAAAGAUGGAAAAUAUUCAGGGAAACUGCGUCACCAGCGCAUUUCGAAGAAUUUCGUCGUCAACGAAACGCCGUCAAAAAAUGUAUCCGUCAGGCACGGAAGGAGUAUGAAUCCAAAAUUAUACGACAGGCUGAACAGAAGCCUAAGAUUUUAUUUCACUAUCUGAACAGUAGACUGAAAAAUAAGGACCCGGUCGCGGUGCUGAAGGAUGAUAAUGGUGUAGAGAUCAUUGAGAACAACGAGAAAGCCGAACACUUAGGACAGUAUUUUGCCUCCGUUUUUACUAGAGAAACAGAGUUUCGCUGUCGCAGUGCCGGCAAUGCUCUUGAGACUGUUGGUCCCGUGCUUGACUCCAUACUCUUCCCGGCAGCUGCCGUGGAAAGGGAGCUGAAAAAUCUCAAAGAAGCAAAGUCCUCGGGUCCGGACAAUAUACCGGCCAAAUUCUUGAAGGAACUGGCGAAUGAACUUUCCAAACCACUGGCGCACAUCUUCCGCUCGUCAUUCGAAUUAGGGAGGUUGCCAUCGGAAUGGAAGACAGCAAAUAUCUUUCCGAUAUACAAGGGCGGGGCUCGCACUAAUGCUAACAAUUACCGGCCUGUUAGUCUAACCUGCAUCUGCUGUAAAAUAAUGGAGGCCAUAGUUAAGAAAGCAACUAUGGAGUUCCUGGAGCAGGGCCAUUUAAUCUCAGACCUGCAGCACGGCUUUAGACAGAACCGCUCGUGUCUUUCCAGUUUAUUGCUCUCGACGGAGCAGUGGACUCGCGCACUGGAUGAGGAUGGGAGGGUUGAUGUCAUAUACACAGACUUUAAGAAGGCGUUCGACAGCGUCCCACACAAACGCCUAAUCUACAAACUUUCUGAAAUUGGGAUAAGAGGAACGCUGCUGACAUGGAUAACAGAUUUUCUUACCGGGAGAUCGCAAACCGUGUGCAUUGAGGCCUCAAGGUCAACUCCUACUCCCGUUCUAAAUGGUGUACCCCAGGGCUCCGUCUUAGGGCCGUUGCUAUUCCUGGUUUACAUUAACGACUGCGUCGACGACCUGGGAUGCAGCGCCAUCAUGUUUGCUGACGAUGUUAAGCUGUGGAGACCCAUCAGAUCUGAUGCAGACAGGUACGCGCUUCAAGACAGUCUCAACCGCCUAAACAGUUGGUCAGCUCGAUGGCUCCUCAAUUUUAAUGUAGAAAAAUGUGUGGUCCUGAGACUCCGCACCAGACGGACCAGUAAGGAGGACGAUUCCUUUCAAUAUGUCCUUGGUGGUCAGCCCCUUUCAAAUGUUGUGGAAGAGAAAGACCUGGGAGUCCUAAUGACCUCCUCGCUGAAACCAUCUUCACAGUGUCAAAGGGCAGCCAAAAGUGCGACAAGGGUGUUAUUUGCGCUGAGGCGAGGAUUUGUGCAGAUCGACAAGGAGCUGUUCGGAAAAACCUAUGGGGCAUUCGUCCGGUAUCACUUACAGUAUGCAGUCCAGGCCUGGCGACCGUGGUUAAAGAAAGAUUAUCAACGACUGGAAAGAGUACAGGCGAUGGCUACGAAGAUGGUCAAGAAUCUUCAUCAUUCGCCUUACGAAACCAGGCUGACCGAACUAAAUCUGUUUCCUCUAAAUUACAGACAACUGCGCGGCGAUCUCAUUCAAACCUACAGGAUUGUCAGAAGCCGAGAGUGUGCCCUAGACUUUGAUGAAUUUUUUGAAUUGGCCCGGACUGACUGUCUGCGUGGUCAUCCCUUCAAACUGCAAAGGAAGCGGGCUCAUUCGGACGUCCGACGGAACGCGUUCUCUCACAGGGUCAUCAGGGCAUGGAAUGGACUCCCUGAUGCCGUCGUUCUUUCCGAAAGUGUCAAAUCCUUUAAGUGCAGACUAGACGCUCACUUGUUGAGAACCUACUGUACAUUCAAUAAUGAUUGUUUUAGCGGCGGCGGUUUGCGCCUAGGUCACAAUUACCGCUAACUUCUUAACUUUUCGCAUUUGCUGAUGUAAUUUAUGACUUUAUUUCUGUUUAUCGAUAUGAAUAGGGAGCUCAAGGGCGAAAGCCUCAUUCCCUUAAUAAACUGACUUAAACUGACUUAAAAGUCCCCCAACGUCCUCGACAGCUGCCAAUCAAUCAUAUGACAUUGUAGGAAUAUUGGUCGACUUCCUAGUAUGAUUUAACAAAGUUCUACGUUGGUGUAACAUAACCUUAGGAUAGCCUUUAGGCAAAACAGAUUGGUUGGGAUUUGUCGAAAGUUAUGAUAAUAUUACUUCGUUAAGGGUUUAAAGUGUCUAUUGUGUCAGCUGAUGAGGAUGGACAGAAGAGAAAAGAAGGGAUGUCUCCUUUUACGCAAUGUGUACUAAUGCUGCUACCUAUCCUAUAUUGAAAGGCUUUCCUCUUUUGGCUAUGAUCUGGUGUUACUGAAGUGACUGGCAUAGUCAGAAACCGUUUAAACCAAAAACCAUAUUAAAGCAUUGACUUGAAAAAUGCCCUAUCUCAUUCAAAAGUAAAUGUGAAUUGCUAUUUAAAAGGUGUUUAUCGGUUUUCAUUUGUAAACUCUAAUAGGUUUCGGCUUCUUUUAAUUGAACUUGGGAGGACAUUUUAUGUAGUCGUAAAUCUUAUGGAAUAAAAGUUUAAUCGUCGGGACUUUUAGAAUUUGAGGAUGCCUACAGUAUGUUCAUUAUUUCUAGUGUUUCUGGGAACGUUUUGGUUUGUUAGGUGUUGGGAGCGCCUACACUUCCAAGAACAAGAGCCAGCCAAUCACGGGAGGCCACGUGCGUUUUCUCUACUGCGCUGUCAUCUUAAUCGUGGCGCCUCUCCAUUGGCUUUUCCUCACGGGCGUGAUCGAUCUGCAUAUUCGAAUUAUCGACCGGUUUGUCUGGAAUGUUCUUCCUGAAGGGCAUUGGGCCGAACGCCGGCGAAGCACCGUAAGGCGUUAUAAAUACGCGUUACUUCCAGUUCAUUUUGACUUGCAAUUUCCUAAUACACAUUUUCGUGGCCGGUCGCGUUCUCCUUCUCUGCCGCGUUGGUAUUGGGGACAAGGGUCGAGUGCGCAUACGCUCCACAGGAUUUCACGCACCAGGCGGUUCAUAACAAAUUGGCGACGCAGUUUUUCAACUACAAUGGCUGACGAGUACGCAGACUUGAAGCUGAUGUUGCAGCAGCAGCUGAAGCCAAUGGAAGCACUUACCGUUAAGCUGUCCAACUCGUCCAUGGGUCAUUCAAGUGCGGCUGGUGGUUCGCAAUCUGUUGAUCACAUUGCCGGCAGCAUCACGGAAUUCUUGUAUGACCCGCAGGCCCAUAUCACUUUUGAUUCCUGAUACAAACGAUACGAGGACUUGUUCUCUGUCGAUCUGGCUGCCCAGGACGAUGCAUGGAAGGUUCGACUCCUACUUCGCAAACUGGGUCCGGCUGAACACGAGCGUUAUGCCACCUUCAUCCUUCCCAAGAAUCCCCGAGAAGUCGCUUUCAAGGACACGGUUGAGACGUUGUCGCAGAUUUUUGGUGAUCAAUCAUCCCUUUUCAACACUCGAUUUCAGUGCCUGCAACUGUGCAAACGCGAUUCCGAUGAUUUCAUCACGUAUGCGAGCAUUGGCAAUUUUGAAUGCGGGCGUUUCCAACCCGGUUCUCUCACUAAAGACCAGUUUAAAUGUCUUAUGUUUAUCUGCGGCCUCCAGUCCCCCAAGGAUGCUGAUAUCCGGACACGUCUCCUGUCCAAAGUGCAGCAGAACAACUCAAUCACACUCCAAGAGCUGGCAGCAGAGUGCCAAAUGCAGAUCAAUCUCAAGCACGACUCUGCAAUGGUUCAGAACCCUGCCUCAUCUUUCUCGGUCCAUUCGGUCACAUCGACCAAAUCGCGGCUCAAACAAGUGUCCAAGGCGAGAUCUCCGCCAUCCCCUUGUCGGCACUGUGGCGCGUGGCAUUUCCACCGCCAGCAUCGCUGACAAAUCUUUAAUCAGGUGGGACACCGUGAUGGGUUUUGCAAAUCAGUACCAACUUCUGGAGGCAAGCCGACCCCCGCCAUUGCUAAUUCCAGGCAUCGUUUCCGGCCAAAACGCAAGUCCAAACUCCAGUCCGUUGGUAAUUCUCUGAGCCCCUUGGCCGCUUUCCAGCUCAAUGCGUCUGGUCGUAGAAAAUUUGUUGAUGUCUUGCUCAAUGGCCAUGCAGUUCGUCUACAGUUGGACACUGCCUCAGAUAUCACCAUCAUCUCUGAGAGACUCUGGCAGUCCCUUGGCAGCCCCACAACGCAGCAGACUUCCAGUCCGCCACAAGCGCGUGCGGUAGUCUCUUCAGCUAAUUGGGCAACUGCAAUGCUGUGUCUCGUUCCGCGGUACCAACAUCACUGCGAUCUGCUACAUCACCAAGUCUGAUCUAAACCUACUUGGUCUCGACUGGAUUGAACAACUUGAGUUGGCCGAUAUGCCGCUCCGCGUUGUUUGCAGUCAGGUGCAGAUUCCCGCUGUGCUUGCAGACCAAGCCAAGUACAUUCUCCAACGCUUUCCUCCAGUGUUCCAAGACGGCCUGGGUCGUUGCACAUACACUCAAGCCGUGCUACAUCUGUCUCCUGGAAGUCAACCAGUCUUCCGUCCAAAGCGACCAGUCCCAUAUGCAGCCCUACCACUUGUCGAGGCUGAACUGAAGCGUCUAGAGGAAUUGGGAGUUCUGGUUCCUGUAUCCUACUCCGCCUGGGCCGCUCCAAUCGUUGUGGUUAAGAAGCCCAUUGGCUCGGUCCGCAUUUGUGCUGACUUCUCCACCGGUCUCAAUGCCGCGCUGACGCCGAACUGUUAUCCAUUACCGGUUCCGUCUGAUCUUUUCACCCUGCUAAAUGGUGGCACUUGCUUUGCCAAGUUGGAUCUCGCUGAUGCGUAUCUGCAGAUCGAGGUCGUCCAGAGUCGCGCGAAUUGUUGA